AAAGAAAAAGAAAAAGCAAACAGGGAAAGAAAAAGGAAAAAGGAAAGGAAAAAUCCAUGAAGCAUCGUUGUCCUGACUCCUCCGUAUUAUUUAUACCACCCUUCUCCCCCUCCAUUGUCUACACCAUUCGCCACAAAAUCCCACAGAUGCCCAGUGUAAAGCAAUUCUUCACGGGAAUGUCAGAUUCCGGCAAGCACACUUCCAUCUCCAAGAGAAACAAAAAGCUCUUCUUGCUUGUCUUUUCUUCUGUGCUGCUCAUUGCAGCUGUAGUUGGCAUUGUCGCCGGCGUCCACUCUCGGAAGAGCUCCACCAACGAUGUGGGAUUGACUGCUGGACAUGCGGUUCUCAAGUCUGCAUGCAGCAGCACUCGGUACCCGGAUUUAUGCUACUCCGCCAUUGCAACCGUUCCCGGAGCCAGCAAGAAGGUGACCAGCCAGAAGGACGUGAUCGCGGUGUCUCUUAACAUCACCGUUACCGCCGUUGAGCACAACUACUUCACCAUUGAGAAGCUCCUGGAUUUCAAGAAUCUCACCAAGCGUGAGAAGGCCGCUCUCCAUGAUUGCCUGGAGACCAUCGACGAGACGCUGGAUGAGCUGCACGUGGCCAUGGACGACCUGGACGAAUACCCCGACAAGAAAUCGCUAACCCAGCAUGCGGAUGACCUCAAGACCCUGAUGAGCGCGGCAAUGACCAACCAAGAGACGUGCCUCGACGGGUUUUCGCAUGACGACGCUGAUAAGCACGUCCGCGAGGUGCUGCUCAAGGGUCAGAGGCACGUGGAGCAUAUGUGCAGUAACGCACUGGCCAUGAUCAAGAACAUGACCGACACUGACAUCGCCAGAGAACGUGAAGCCAUGAACCGGAAGCUCAUGGAGGAGAGGGACGAGAGCGGGUGGCCCAAGUGGCUGUCCGCAGGGGACAGGAGGCUGUUGCAGUCGUCUUCAGUGACGCCUGAUGUAGUGGUGGCGGCGGACGGGAGUGGGGAUUACAAGACGGUGUCGGCAGCGGUGGCGGCCGCCCCUGAGAAGAGCAGUAAGAGAUACAUUAUCGGAAUCAAGGCGGGGGUUUACAAGGAAAACGUAGAAGUGGGCAAGAAGAAGACCAAUAUUAUGUUCUUGGGAGAUGGCCGAAGCAACACUAUCAUCACUGGAAGCAAAAAUGUUGUAGAUGGCAGCACAACCUUCAACUCUGCAACUGUUGCUGUGGUUGGCGAAAAAUUUAUAGCCCGGGACAUAACCUUCCAAAACACAGCAGGGCCCUCAAAGCAUCAAGCCGUUGCUCUUCGAGUUGGGUCAGACUUAUCAGCAUUCUACAAAUGCGAUAUGCUGGCAUACCAAGACACCCUUUAUGUUCACUCCAAUCGCCAAUUUUACAUAAAUUGCCUUGUAGCAGGCACUGUUGAUUUCAUCUUUGGCAAUGCUGCAGCUGUGUUUCAAGACUGUGAUAUCCAUGCUCGCCGCCCCAAUUCAGGCCAAAAGAACAUGCUUACUGCUCAAGGCAGGACUGACCCUAACCAGAACACUGGAAUUGUGAUUCAGAAGUGCAGGAUUGGUGCCACUUCUGACCUCCAAGCUGUUAUUAGCAGCUUCAAAACAUACCUUGGGAGACCAUGGAAGGAAUACUCGAGGACUGUUGUUAUGCAAACAUCAAUAACCAAUGUGAUCGACCCUGCUGGAUGGCAUGAAUGGAGUGGGAGUUUUGCACUGAGCACAUUGUAUUAUGGAGAGUACCAAAACACCGGGGCUGGGGCUGGAACCUCAAAGAGAGUAACAUGGAAGGGCUUCAAGGUGAUUACUAGUGCUAGUGAGGCUCAAGGUUUCACUCCUGGGACGUUCAUUGCAGGCAGUAGUUGGUUGGGCUCCACCGGCUUUCCCUAUUCUCUUGGUCUGUAAUUGUAAACUAGUAUCCUUCUAGUGUUGGCCGAGUGUAUUGAGUAUGAGUUAAUUUAUUGAGCGAUGCAUUUGGAGGUUUUUUGUCAGCUUAAUUGACAAUGUAAUUCCUUUGGAAAAACAACAAGGCUGCAUUCGAAGCUUGAUUUUUUAUGCUUCUCUAUCAAUUGGACCAUAAUGAGACUCAUUAGUUUGUUUCA